AUGAGGUUACUGCAAUUGUACGAAGUCAGCUUGAAAAGAAGGCCCAAGACGACUAACGCGAUUAUGACGGGUGCAUUAUUUGGAGUUGGCGAUGUUUCUGCUCAAUUUUUGUUCCCUAGUUCCAAGAUAGACAAGGGUUAUGACUACAAAAGGACAGCUAGAGCCGUCGUCUAUGGUUCUUUGAUUUUUUCCUUUAUAGGCGAUAAAUGGUACAAGAUCCUGAAUAAUAAGAUAUAUAUGCGCAAUAAGCCACAAUAUCACUGGUCUAAUAUGGUCUUGCGAGUUGCAGUGGACCAAUUAGCGUUUGCGCCCUUGGGGCUGCCAUUCUAUUUUACAUGCAUGUCUAUCAUGGAAGGUAGAUCGUUUGAUGUGGCCAAAAUGAAAAUAAGGGAGCAAUGGUGGCCCACACUUUUGACCAACUGGGCAGUUUGGCCAGUUUUCCAAGCAAUCAACUUUUCUGUUGUCCCUUUACAACAUAGAUUAUUGGCCGUUAACCUUGUUGCUAUAUUUUGGAAUACCUACUUAUCUUAUAAAAAUUCAAAGGUCACGGAAAGUAAAUGGGUACCUGUGCAUUAUCCUCCCGUGGUCGAAUAA